AUGAAGGUGUUUGUGUUACGUGAUUGGACUCUUGAAUUAUGUACAUUAAUUUUACCAGCUGUACGCGAUCUUAUCAAAUCUCAUUACUAUUUGUACAAUUUGACAGGAUGUCAAACACUUGAACGAAUUCUUUCACAUUUUGGUAAAUUAAUCUAUGAUAAUGUUGGAGCUAAAUCAAUUGGUGUAGAUCUCAGUCAACAAGCACGACGUGACAAAUGUCAAACAUGUCAUCAUGUAUUACAUGAAAUUCGAUGUUUACUUGAAGAUCGACUAAAAAAUAUUUCUGAUUUAUCAUUAAGACAAUUAUUCGAUGACAAUUUACGAUUAUUAAAUGCUUGCGAGCGUUCUUGA